GAUCCCGCCGUGUCCCGGUGCGGGAGCCCAGAAACGCCGCGGGAGCCGCCGCUCGCAGGUAUCCGACCAGGAUUUGUCCUGUGGCACCGGAGCUCUCGGCUCUGACAGGCAGGAAAAAUGUCGGACGGUUUCUCCUUAUCUGAUGCCUUGUCCAACAGCAACAACCCAGCCCCCUGUGCCAACCCACCCCAGGGCUGGCCGGCCUGGGGGAACCAGCCACCGGCUCCUGGGGCAUUCCCGGCGUAUCCCGGAGCACCAGGGGCCUACCCUGGAGCACCGGGGGCCUACCCUGGAGCACCGGGGGCCUAUCCUGGAGCACCGGGAGCAUAUCCAGGAGCACCAGGAGCAUAUCCCGGAGCACCGGGAGCAUAUCCUGGAGCACCGGGAGAGUAUCCUGGAGCACCGGGAGCGUAUCCUGGAGGACCAGCAGGACACGGAUCGUAUCCAGGAGCACCGGGAGCACCUGGAGCAUUCCCUGGAGGACCAGCAGCACCUGGGCCGGUUCCUGCCCCGGGACAACCACCCAGUGCCCCUGGAUUUGGGCCUCCUGCUCCGCAGGGAGGACCAGCUCCUCCAAUGAGAGUCCCCUUCGAGCUGCCCCUGCAGGCAGGACUCGUCCCUCGGAUGCUCAUCACCAUCACUGGGACUGUGAAUCCCCAUCCAAACAGGUUUUCACUGGAUUUCAAGAGAGGGAAUGACGUUGCCUUCCACUUCAACCCCCGCUUCAACGAAGACCACAAGAAAGUCAUCGUCUGCAAUUCGAAGUUCCAUGAAAACUGGGGGAAGGAGGAGAGGACAGCUCCCAGGUUUCCAUUUGAAGCUGGAAAACCCUUCAAGCUCCAAAUCCUCUGCGAGGCGGAUCACUUCAAGGUGGCCGUCAACGACGCUCACUUGCUGCAGUACAACUUCCGCGAGAAGAGGCUGAACGAGGUCACCAAGCUCUGCAUCGCGGGGGACAUCACCCUCACCAGCGUCGUGCCCACCAUGAUUUAGCCAGGGGAGCACUCCAUGCCCACUUGGUGCUCCUUUUGUGGUGUAACAAAAGUGCCUUCUCACGUGACUACUUUGAAGUAAUAAAACAUUUUCACAGGUGAAGUUUGUUUUCAGUGAGAUCUCCAAAGACGCGACACCCUCCGGGCCAGCUGAGUUCAGCUGGGGAAGGAGCUGAAUUCCUGCUGUAGAGACAGAG